AUGGCAAACACUAUCCAUGAGACACCAGAGUGGGAAACUCCAACACCAAAACAAUCUUUCCUCAGCAGACAUGAUAUCUUCUCAAAACCGGAAUCAACACUUCCUACCACUAAAGAAGGACCUUCAGACUCAUCGGAUAAUGCUGUCGUAACGGGAACUCUUGGAAAGCCUACUUUGAUCGAGCGAUUCAAUGGUGUUGUUCCUCGAAAUCGCACUUACUUUGGACUGAGUCGCAAAGUGUUUUUGCUGAUUGUCGGAGGAGCAAUCGUUUUAUUACUUGCGUUGAUCCUUGGUUUGGGAAUUGGUCUUGGAUUGAAGCACUCAUCGUCGAAAGCAUUGCCUCUUCCCUCAAAUGGUGGAAUUUUCACAGGGGAUCUUACAUACUAUGCACCAGCUCUCGGGGCGUGCGGAAUAACCUCCUCAUCAACCGAAUCCAUCUGCGCCGUAUCCCACAUUAUCUAUGAUGCCGCCUCAACCAGUUCAAACCCCAAUGCCAAUCCUCUCUGUGGAAGAAAGAUCCGAAUUAUUCGACAAAAAGAAUCGGGAAGUGGAAAUAAUACAGUUGAUGUAACGGUUGUCGAUAGAUGUGUCGGAUGCAAAGCCGAGGAUCUGGAUUUGAGUCUAACGGUUUUCGACAAGUUGGCGCAAGAGGCACAGGGGAGAGUCACUGGAAGUUGGGCUUGGUUACAGUGA